CUCAAGGGAACUAUGUAUUAAGCCUGGCCUAUGGCGGGGUUUGUCAAUUUACAAUUCCUGUCAACGUUGCUACGCUAAAUAUCUCUUUCAUGUCAGGCUCGAAGAUUGUGGUUACAGGGGCAUCUGGUGUUCUCGGCACUGCCGUUCAUAAGGCGUUCGAGAAAGCAUUGCGAUGUGAGGUUGUGGGCUUGAAGAAUAAAAGCACCGCUAGCCAUCUAGUGCAGCUAGAUUUGACAGAUAAGGAAGCGACCAAGCAGAAAUUGGAAGAAAUUCAACCUACCUGGGUGAUUCAUUGCGCCGCUGAAAGGCGACCUGAUGUUGCCGAGAAGGAUCCAGUCGGAACCCAACUUCUGAAUGUUGAAGUUCCGGGGUACCUCGCUGAACUCGCGAAGGCCAUUAACUUCACACUCGUGUAUAUCUCUACUGACUACGUUUUCGACGGAAGAUCGCCUCCUCCUGGCGGGUAUACACCGGAGUUGCCUACUAGUCCACUUCAGAUCUACGGUCAGACUAAACGGGAUGGCGAAACUGCUGUAUUGCAAGCUCGGCAACAGGGUUCCAGGGCAGUUGUUUUGAGAGUUCCAGUAUUAUACGGCCCUGCACCUAACAAUGCAGACUCAGCCGUUAAUAUCCUCGUUGAUGUUGUACAGGACCGAUCAAAGGAGUCUAACAUGGAUGACUAUGGGAUCAGGUAUCCUACCAACGUAUUGGACAUUGCAUCCUUUUUAGUCCGCUUGACGGAUAUCAGCCCCGAUACUUUACCGCCAAUUCUCCACUAUUCGGCGAACGAGUCCUUCACAAAGUACCAGAUGUGCAAAAUCUUUGCCGACAUCCUUGGUCUCAAUGACAUGAAUCAUAUCAAGCCUGUCUCAACACCUCCAACUGGUGCCGGUGCCACAUCACGCCCUUACAAUUGCCACCUAUCUACUGCUGAGACAGAGAAACUACUUCCAUUAGAAUGUACAGGGUUUAGAACGUGGUGGGAGGAAUAUUUACACGAUGGCGGAAAGUAAAUACCUAAAUUGUAUCACUAUCAGAAGAGCCCUGCACUUUUCCUUCUCCGAUUUCAGCCAUUGAUUCAUGAACUAUUCGCGUUCCCUUGAUUGAUGUUAGUGAUCACUGUUUCUCCUUCUCCAAUUCCUUUCUCUGCUCUUUCCCUGUCUCCUUAGUACCUCCACGUUCUUUCAACUCCGGCUCAGCAAAGUAGGUCUUUCGUUGUUCCGCAUCCAACAUCGGCUCCGAGACACUACCAUCGAUGGAAGAAACCCCCAUAGGGAUAUGCGAGCCUGUAUAUUCAAGAGGUGGUGAUUGUGUGCCUCCAGAUGACAUUCUGUUCGAAUUUACGGUGCGUAGAUGAUGAUGGUAAGUCGCAACCCCUAGCUA